ACUUCGCAUCAGCUUUUCAAAACAACAAAAGCAUCCGCUGCUAGAUUUUUAGUGUAAAACUCCGUUCAAGUCAUCGCUAAACCCCAAAAUGUCCACCGUCCUCCAAGCGGAGGCGUACCUCGCGGCGGUCCAGCAGGAUCGCAAAGCGCCACGCAACAACCAGCCGCACGCCAUCGGCACGGACAUUUUGGACGAUUUGGGCAGCCGGUUUAUAAUCAACGUUCCGGUCGAGGAGCGCAACAACCUGAUCCGGAUCUGCUUCCAAAUCGAGCUGGCCCACUGGUUCUACUUGGACUUUUACUGCUCGAUGCAGAAGGAACGGUUCGGGAUAAAGCAGUUCGCUUUUCAGCUGUUUCAGCACAUUCCGUUCCUACAGCCUCAUCUGAUGUAUGUGGACAAAAUCCUGGAGGAUUGGAAGCAGUACAAGCUGUCGGUGCCGACGUACGGUGCAAUCAUUUUGUCGGAGGAUCUGAAGCAGGUCCUGCUGGUCCAGUCCUACUGGGCCAAGUCUUCGUGGGGCUUUCCGAAGGGAAAGAUCAACGAAAACGAGGAACCUCUGCAUUGUGCCAUUCGCGAAGUCUACGAGGAGACCGGGUACGACAUCAAGAACCUGAUCGUCCCCACCGAGUACAUCGAGCUGGUCAUCAACUAUCAGUACACGCGGCUCUACCUUGUUUCCGGAGUGCCCCAGUCGACGAUCUUCAUCCCGCGAACCCGCAACGAGAUCAAGUGCUGCGAAUGGUUCCCGAUCGACCUGCUGCCGGUGACGAAGAACGAAAACUUUGUCAAAGACAACCUCAGCAUGACCGGUAACUCGUUCUUCAUGAUUCUCCCCUUCGUCAAGCGGCUCAAAAAGUGGCUGGAAAAGAUGCAAAAGAACAAACACAAGGGCACCGCCAACAACGCCAACUCCCCCGUCCCCGGAUCAGCCGGCAAGCCAAGCAACGGCAAAUACUUUGACAAACCGAGCAACGCCGCUACCACAGGGGGCAACCAAUCGGCCAACCGCCAACGCCAGCGCCACAAAUCGGUGGGGGAUCUCGAGCAGCAGCAGCUUCUGCAACGCUCCAAACCUGGCGGGACUCAGUUCUUCGCCAACAAAAACACCCCCAACAACAACAGCACCAACCCGGACCAGGAGGCGGAAACGGCGACAACCUCGACUAAAAAGACGGGCAAGAAGCAGAAUCACCCGGAAACGGUGGUGACGACGGCCUCCGGAGGGGGACGUUUGCAGACCAAGCGGAAGCUUUUCGACACGGUGAUGAUGGAGGUGAACAAGGAGUUGCGCGAGGAGGAUCCGUACGGGUGCUUUGACGAGAACAAGGCGUGGCUCGGGUUUAGACUUGACUACAGUAAAUUUCUGUAAAUGUGGAUUGGUUUUAUCCUUACUUGACUUUAAUUUUGAUCUGUUUUUUUUCUUGUUUUAAUUUUUUGAACCGUGUAAAAUUGUAUUUAUUCUAUACAAUCAUACCGAUCUCGACCGUCAAUACUAACGAUUACUUAUAAUUUGGACAAUGUUUCCAAAGAUAUGAUUUAAAUAAAUUAUGGAAUUCAUGACACAUAA